AUGUGUCAUGAUAUGUACUACUGUCUUCCAAAUCGGGCCUUAGUAGAUGGGUUGAGGGAGCUGAGAGAUGAAGAUGAUUAUGUAAGGUUUCUUGAUGCUGGAUAUAAAAAUGGGAGAAGAAUCAGUAUCUACAUUGAUCACGACCACGAGCCACUUAUGCAAUGGAUUGAAGAAGAGAUAGCCGAAGAUGGAGUGUACGGUGAUAGUGAUCCAUCUUCUGAUGAUGUGGACUCAGUGAUGUCAGAUGAUAUAUCGGUAGACCAUGAAGUUGAUGAUGAGGUUAUAGAAAUUCCUAAAUCUGUUGAUCUGUUUUUAUCCAAGAAAAAUCUUAUUCUAGAAGGAGGGGUAGAUGAGGAAGUUGAUGAUGAGGUCCACCACUUUCCUAUUCAUGAUCCCGACCAGAAAUGGGACAUAAUGGUACCUGUAUUAGGCAUGAGAUUCUCUGACAGAUAUGAACUCAAGCAAAUGUUAACAAAUUAUGCUGUCUUUAAAGGGCAAGUUAAUUUGGGGUCUAUUGUGACAUACAAGUGGAUUGGUAAAAUGUUAACGAAUGACAUUUUGGAAAAGCCCCGCAUCAGCUACAGGAACAUGGUUGCAUUAGUUAAGAAAAAUUUUGGUUUGCAUGUAAGUGUUGGGCAAUGUAGAAAUGCCAAGAAUUUUGCACUAGAUGAAAUUUCAGGUAGCUUGGUGGGACACUAUGAAAAGUUGUGGGAUUAUGGAGCGGAGUUAUUGAGGUCUAAUCCGGGUUCAACAGUCUCAAUAGAAGUGAAUCCUAUGCCUGAUUCUACAACUUACUUUAAAAGAAUGUAUGUUUGCCUUAAGGGUGUGAAGGAUGGUUGGAUUGAAGGAUGCAGGAGGGUGAUUGGUGUUGAUGGAUGUUUUUUGAAGGGUAUUUGUAGAGGUGAGCUAUUAGCAGCUGUUGGUAGGGACUCCAACAACCAAAUGUACCCGUUGGCAUGGGCUGUAGUGUCAGUAGAAAACAAGGAAGCCUGGAAAUGGUUCUUAGAUCUGCUACUUGAGGACAUUGGGAUGGGAGAUGGCAGAGGUCUUACCAUUAUUUCUGACCAGCAUAAGGGUUUGGUAGAAGCUGUUAAAGAAAGAGCACCAGCAUGUGAGCAUAGGCAAUGUGCUAGACACGUCUAUGCUAACUUUAAGAAGAAAUACACAGGUGUUGACUUUAGGAAGUUAUUCUGGAGAGCUGCAAAGUCCACAACCGAGUCAGCUUUCCGAUCUUAUAUGAGGGAAAUCAAUGCGAUGUCCACACAUGCUUAUGAUCACCUAAUGGAAAGAGACCCAAAGACAUGGUGCAAGGCAUUUUUUGAGCUUGAUAGGUGUUGUGAUGCUGUGGAAAAUGGAAUAUCAGAAUCUUUUAAUGCAGCAAUUGUAGGGGCCAAGAAAAAACCUAUUAUAUCAAUGUUGGAAGAAGUCAGAGUGUACGUGAUGGAGAGGAUGUACAAACAAAAAGGGAAGGGGGAAAAAUGGAACUUGGAUAUAUGUCCUUCCAUUAGAAGGAGGAUUGAGACAUUUAAAGAACAACAGAGGUAUUGGGAUGUUACUCCAAGUGGUCCGCAGAUAUAUGAAGUGAGACAAUUACAUGAGGUUUAUGCAGUUGACUUGGACCAAAGAACCUGUGGGUGCAGAGCAUGGUAGUUGACUGGUAUACCAUGUGUACAUGGUAUUGCUGCAAUCUUGUUUUUGAAUGGGAAUGUAGAGGAGUAUGUUGCAGUUUGGUUCACAACGAAUAUGUUUGGAAGUUGCUAUAGAUAUAACGUGAAACCAACUAAUGGAGCUGACAUGUUUCCAGAAACAGGUCUUCAAAGC